AUGACGAUCCCCGGCGCGCCGAUGGUCUACGUGAACCCCGAGUUCUGCCGCGUGACCGAGUACACGACGGCCGAGGCCGUCGGAAGGAACUGCCGCUUCCUCCAGGGCCCCGACACGGAGCCGGAGUCCAUCGGCGUCAUCCAGCGCACCCUGGGCAAGUGCGAGGACUGCCACGUGCUCCUGACGAACUAUCGCAAGUCGGGCGAGAAGUUCAAGAACCUCCUCUCCAUGCGGCCGGUGCUGGAUGCGGACGACGUCUACCGGUUCGUGAUCGGCGUCCAG